UGUGUGUGUGUGUGUGUGUGUGGGUGUGUGGGUGGGUGCGGGUGCGGGUGCGUGUGUCACGAUCGGUAGACGAGUAGAGAGCCGAGUGGCAGCUGAAGAGCAGAACCAGCCCCGACUCGUCUGGCGCACGCGAGACAUGGCAGCCAUUCGGAAGAAGCUUGUGAUCGUGGGGGAUGGAGCGUGCGGGAAGACCUGUCUCCUCAUCGUCUUCAGUAAAGACCAGUUCCCCGAGGUGUACGUGCCAACUGUGUUCGAGAAUUACAUCGCUGAUAUCGAGGUUGAUGGAAAACAGGUGGAGUUGGCAUUGUGGGAUACUGCCGGUCAAGAGGACUACGACAGACUGAGGCCCCUCUCUUACCCCGACACAGACGUUAUCCUCAUGUGUUUCUCCAUCGACAGCCCCGACAGUUUAGAAAAUAUCCCGGAGAAGUGGACCCCUGAGGUGAAGCACUUCUGCCCCAAUGUCCCCAUCAUCCUGGUGGGGAACAAAAAGGACCUGAGGAAUGACGAGCACACGCGACGAGAGCUGGCCAAGAUGAAGCAGGAGCCAGUGAAGCCGGAGGAAGGCAGAGACAUGGCCAAUCGAAUCAGUGCCUUCGGCUACUUGGAGUGCUCCGCCAAGACCAAGGACGGUGUGCGAGAGGUGUUUGAGAUGGCCACCCGGGCGGCGCUGCAGGUCCGCAAGCGCAAGAAGCGGAGCGGCUGUCUGCUGCUGUGAGGUGCUGGUUGAUCCGCCGGUCCAGACGUCCUCGACACCAUCUGACCAACAGGAAUUACAAUUGAGAGGGGGGGGGAAAAAAAAAAAAAGAAAAUGUAAAAAAGAAAAAGCAUGACGCAAGAAGGACUUGACUUUUACCGAACGACGUCUUUGUACUGUAUCUCACAUUUCGCAAAAAGAGGCGGGCAGAUGUACGCAAAGCGGCGCCGAAACACGACAUAAAGCAGGAAAAGGCCACGGCCUGUAUGAUAACACUGGUUAAGAAUGGGCCGCUUGACCUCCGUGUUGAUUCCGUUCCCCUAAAUGGCACGAUUCGGCUCCCCGUGUAUUUCUGUUCCCUAUCUGUAUUUCUUUAGCCGUUCAAGGGGGACAGUCGCGAAUGCACAAAUUUGUAUGCCACAUUGUUCUCCCCGAGCAUGGACGAGCAGCACCCCGCCCCGCUUGUUUAGAUGGUCCUACUGAGCGAGGACUUCUCCAGAUUGUUUUGAACCGCCCCGGUUAUUGGUUCUGUUUCCCAUCGUCAUAGAUAUCCCGGUCAGAGGAUGGAUUUUCCUGAAAACAUGUUUUGGUCAUACGAUCCAGUGCCUUUUUUUUGUUUUUUGUUUUUCUCCCGUGUUCCUCGCGCACACCACCAUCUGCUUCGUGUUUGGCAGAUUACUAACUGAGAAGGCCGAGAGGGCCUCGCCAUUGUCCUUUAGCUCAAUUUACACGGUGCUGUCGGGGAAACCCGAGCGUAGCCAUAACUAAAGGCUUUCAGCGCUGCCGACAUCUCUCCACCCACAGCGAAUAGCUCCUUGCCUCGGUUCGGUUGUCGGGAGACGUGGACGCUGUCCGUCUCGCCAUUCGGUCCUCUCCCGUUGAGGGACAGAUGUGUUAGCCGGCCGUCGCCUCGUCAGCGAAACAUUGACCUUCCCGCGCUACGGACGACCCACUUAUUGAACGCACAUUCCUCAUAAACCAUCCUCCACCUGUGCGGUGGCCCCCACACGAUGGGGCAAACCAAACAGGCCGAUCGAGACACAAGUGGAUAGGACCGAGGCCGGCCGAAAAGCUCCCUCGCUCGUUAAGCUGCGGACGAUAGUUUACUUAAUCCUGUCUUGGAGCGGGAAGACUGGUAUUCUGUUAGCUGUUGAUGAUGGGAGUCCUGGUCCGUUCAGCGGGUAGCCCGGUCCGGGAACGCUCGUCUUGUUUUGUCCGCCUUAGCGAGAGAUUGUGGAUGUCGAGGGGUUUUUUUCCGGUGGGGUGAAUUUUUUUUUUUCUUUUAUCUUCGCAGAUUUGUUUCGAGGUGAGUCACGUUUGUUUGUGCGGAGUUUGCUUUUCUCCAGUGCCUUCUCAAUUCCGGCAGCCCGCGUGCCUUUGGCGUUCCCCCUCCCUCCCUCCACCGGAGCAGAUGGAGCCGCAGGUUUAUGCCAACCCAACGGUGACUCGGUCAGGUCUGACAUCUCUGACAUGCCUCGGUAGAGAUCUGCUCUUUCUGUGCGUUUCGUCUGAACACCUGGGGGAGGGGGAGGGGGGGGGUCAUGCGAGACGUGUUAUUUUCAUCCAGGUUUCCUGCCCUCGCCACACACACACACACACACACACACAUCCAUAAUACCGCGUUAUGAAAAGUGAUCGCUAGUGUGCGUCGCAUCACCCUGGCUGUUUGCCUGGGUUAGACCUUCGUGUGUUGCGCACGUUUCCAGAAACGAAUUGUCGGCCGAUCCUUCUUUUUUCCCCCCCCCCAAAUCCGCUCCAUGUUUUCUUAGUAUCAGUGAGAAACAUCUGGCGGCAGCGGCCAAAAAAAAGGUCCCCUUUGAUGAUGUGGAACUUGGUCUCGCUGCCAAAAGCUCAGGAGCGUGUCGUCACCGUUCACAGCGCGUCUGUGAGAAAGUGGCGACUGGGCUUCUUUUCCGACACCCCGCCAUUACCGAGUCCUCAUCCUGAUCUUCACCUCCCAGUGUAAAAACUUGGAUAUUUCGGAUCUCGUCGAGGAGGCGGCAGGCCCCUGAGGGUGUUGGUGUGUGCUUUUUGAAUGGGAUUCGUAGCGUAGUCUCUUAUUGGAGACGUGCCGGAGACUUGGUAAAACCGCGCCGCUGGUCCUAGUUUUACGUUUGUGCGUCGGGAUGCUUUAUUGUAAAUGUAACGGCUCCGGCUAAGACGCCCGAAAGGCCCGGCGGCUCGUCGGCUUUGGCACAAGAGUCUCCACAGCUUUCCUCUUCCCUGCGUCUCUUGGUCAUCUAACUUGUGUCUCUCGGGUUACACGUGUCCGGGUGGGUUUAAAGAAAGGUGGAUGUUGAUGUCCGUCUUACGUGUUGCAUGCGACGUCCUUGUAUCCCAUUUACGCCAGCAAAUGAACACCAGCUACCAAAAUGGCUUGUUUUUGGUUUGAUCCUUUUUAGUUGCCAUACUACAUCCAGGAGGCCGAUUUCGUAAUGCAACUUUACACCCUCUGCUGGCCAUGCAGAUGUGCCGUGGACGUGCUAGUGCUAAAACUAUGGGGGGUAACCGUGUAAGGUGUGUUUACCACAGUUCAGAUAAGGCCUUUGUGUGAAAAUAGGGGUGCGGUUCAUUUCUUUUGGGACACCAUUUGCAGUCAAAGAAACUUAACACCGGAUGAGUAUGCCGUCGAGUCAAAUAAUCCCUCCGACAGAUGUGCAAAUGUGGAUGAAUGCUGACAGGCAAGCACACUAAAUGGGCCCUCCCAUUAACUCUUCGAAAGCUGCGUUGUGUGGCAUGAUUUUUCAGCGUUUUCUUUUUCUUGUCGAGCUUAGAGCCCAAGGAAUUGUGGGGAACGUACAGGAAAGGUGUUUGACCGUAUGAUAAGUUGAAUAACCUCCACAGCUUGAAAGCACAGAGUAAUUAAAGCAUUCCCUUAGAGCAGUGGUUCUCAAACCGGCGCUGCUGGUUUCUCACUGUGCCACAUAGCUGAAUACAUUCACGUGUUUUGCCAGAUCCGCAGCUGAACUCGGGAGUUUACAUACACUUAAAGUUGAAGUCGUUAAAAGAUUAUUAUUUUUUCUUUUGCAUUCGUAGAGAGAGAGACGGACAGGAAAGGCAGGGGAGCGAGGGGAUGACGUGAAGCAAAGGGCCCGGGUCGAAUUCGAACCCAGGCCGCGGCGGUAAGGACUCAGCUUUAUGUGGUUCCACUCUACCGGGUGAGCCACUGGGGCACACCCAAAACUCAUUGUUUAACCACUCAGCAAAUUUCAUGUUAACAAACUAUAGUUUUGGCAAGUCAGUUAGGACAUCUACUUUCAGUUAGGACUUUGUGCAUUGACAAGUAAAUUUUCCAACAAUUGUUUACAAGCAGAUUCACGUAUAAUUCACUUUAUCACAAUUCCAGUGAGUCAGAAGUUUACACUGAGUUGGCUGUGCCAUUAAACAGAUUGGAAAAUUCCGAAAAUGAUGUCAUGGCUUUAGAAGCUUCUGAUUGGCUAAUUGACAUUAAGGGCUGCCUUCAUACUCAGCCAAGACCUCAGAAAAAAAAAAAAUUUGUGGACCUCCACAAGUCUGGCUCAUCCUUUGGAGCAAUUUCAGAAUGCCUGAAGUUACCACAUUCAUUUGUACAAAUUAUAGUACGCAAGUAUAAACACCAGGGGACCACGCAGCCGUCAUACCGUUCAGGAAGGAGAUGAGUUGUUUCCUAGAGAUGAAGGUGCUUUGGUGCGAGAAAUCAACAAAGCCCAGAACAAUGGCAAAGUAUCUGUAGCCACAAUAAAACAAGUCCUACAUCAACAUAAGCUGAAAGGCCACUCAGCAGGGAAGAAGCCACUGCUCCGAAACCGCCACAACAAAGCCGGACUACGGUUUGCAACUGCACACGGGGAGAAGAAAUGUCCUCUGGUCUGAUGAAACAAAAAUUGGAACCGUUUGGCCAUAAUGACCAUUGUCAUGUUUGGGGUGGGGGGAAAAGGGGGGCGGCUUCCAAGCCGAAGAACACCCUCCCAACCGUGCAGCAUCAUGUUGUCGGGGGACUAUGCUGCAGGACGGACUGGUGCACUUCACAAAAUAGAUGGCAUCAUGAAGACAAAUGAUGUGUCUAUGCUGAAGCAGCAUCUCUGGACAUCAGCCAGGAAGUUCAAGCUUGGUCGCAAAUGGGUCUUCGAGUGGCCAUCACAAAGUCCUGACCUCAAUCCGGUAGAAAAUUUGUGGGCAGAACAGAAAACUCGUGUGCAAGUAAGGGGGCCACAAACCUGACUCAUCUACACCACUUCUGUCAGGGGGAAUGAGCUAAAAUCCAGCAAAUGAUUGAGAAGCUUGCGGAAGCUACCUGAAUGUCAAGUUAAACAAUUAUUAAGGCAAUGCUACUAAAUACUAAAGUGUAUGUGAACUUCUGACCCACUGGAAAUGUGAUGAAAGAAAUAAAAUUCUAUUAUUCUUAAAAUAGAGUGGUGAUCCUAACUGACCUAAUAUUUACCAGCAUUAAAUAGCAAUUGUGAAAAAGGGGCAGCACGGUGGCCCAGUGGUUAGUGCACUUGCCUCACAGCAAGAAGGUCCUGGGUUCGAACCCCAGGCCGUCCCAGGCCCUUUCUAUGUGAAAUUUGCAUGUUCUCCCAGUGUCUGCAUGGGUUUCCUCCCACCAUCCAAAAGACAUGCAUGUUAGGGUUGGUACUCCUGUCUGUGCCCCUGACCAAGGGAGUGGAAAGAAGAACUGGAGUCGGUCCCUGGGCGCUGCAGAUGGGUUAGAUGCAGAAGACAAAUUUUGUUGUAACCUGCACAAUGACAAAAAUAAAGUGGCUUUCAUUCUUUCUUAAAUGUAUUUGGCUAAGGCGUAUGUAAACUUCCGACUCAAACUGUAAAACCUCUCAAAUGAGAUGGGUGGAACACCUGACAAACGGUGAACUUAACUACCAGGUAGAAUGGGGAAAACCAGCAGUACCGUGGGUCUGAGGACCCGAUUGAGAACCGCCGCCUUUGAGCAGCAGAGGGUCCGGCGUCGAGCCCAUCACUAAGCAUGUAUACUGCUGUCGUGUAUGCAAAAUGACGUUGCACUAUAUCAAACGUGUCCUUUUAUGAUGUCAAUGUAUGCAUGAGUAAACCAUGAGUCUUUUACAAUGUGUGCACAAAUCGACAUGCAAGCACUGGCAUACACACAUUUUCUCCGUGGGAACAGCUUCUGCUCAAUGUUGUGUAAUCUCUCCUCUCUCUGGAAGUAUUUGAAAUUGUAAGAAUUCUGAUUUAUAGAAGAAAAAAAAAAAUCAGUUCUAACGCUUCGUAAAGUGUUGUAGUGACUGAUUUAAGUGAACAUGACCAUUGUUAAUAAACUAUUUUUGAGACAAGA